ACCACAACUAAAGGAUAACCUUCGCAUGCUCGUCGCAAGGCUCUUGUUCGGUGAUGCCAUUCGUUCUCGACUACAGCGAUCCAUUUAUGACUGACUCUACCUGUAUCUGAGAAGGCGUACUUGUUUGUGCUGUCGCCUUCGCUGCAAUGCGACACUCGCGCAUAAUUUGUACGUGGACCCUGGCACUAUUCGUGUCGCUCUUGGACUUUGUAUGGCCAGGUGUUCCCGGUAUCAAGCUUCGCACAAUGACAACCGUCACUGAUGAAACACAAAUGGUCCCUCGUCUGACGGCCGUGGUGGAGGGCGCCGUCGAGUUGCCCUGCAACCUUUCGGUACCGGCGUCCAACCACGACCGGGACAAUGUGACGCUAGUGCUGUGGUCCAAGUCUGGGGUCCACGGGCCCCUCUACAGUGUGGACGCUCGCAACUCCCCGCUGGAACGAGCCAAACACUUUCCCAGCCCAGACCUCGGCGGGCGCUACGACUUCAACACGAGCGCGCUACCGACGGCGCUGCUUCGCAUAGAUCCCGUGCGACCAGAAGACGCCGGGGAGUUCAAGUGUCGCGUGGACUUUCGAUGGGCGAGGACGCACACAUAUGGCGUGGCCUUGGAAGUGAUAGUGCCGCCUAAGAAAGCCAUUAUCACUGACGAAUCUGGCAAGGUUCUGCAAGACGUCAUUGGACCAUACGACGAAGGGGCUCCUCUUAAGUUGGCCUGUGAGACGAGGGGAGGAUUUCCACUGCCUGCUGUCACCUGGUGGAGGGAAAUGACCUUACUGGACGAUCAGUACCACAACACGACCGAGGGCACCUCACGCAACGAGCUGCUAAUCCCAAAGCUGGAGCGCUCGGACGCAAGGAGCGUGCUUACAUGCCAGGCGUCGAACACCAACCUGACCCUCCCAGUCUACGCCUCUGUUACCAUCGACAUGAAUCUGCGUCCGCUCGACGUGAAGGUGACCAGUGCACGUGACGUGCUCGUGGCGGGUCACCGGGCCGAGUUGCGCUGCCAGUCGCGCGGUGCGCAGCCGGCAGCGCGCAUAACGUGGUGGAAGGGUGGUCAGCAGUUGGGCCGCACCGUCGAGAAGCUCGAAGGGAACGUAACCUCGAGCACGCUCAUUUUCGUACCCGGUCCCGAAGACCACGAGCGCCUGCUUACAUGCAAGGCCGACAACCCGCAGCUGCCAGACAGCGCCAUCGAGGACGCCAUCUUUCUGUCGGUCACAUACGCGCCGCAGAUCUCGCUGAGCGUGACGUCAACGCACGCGAGCGGCGCCAUCCUCGAGGGCUCGGACGUGUUGCUAGAGUGCGCGGUGCGCGCCAACCCAUCGGUGCGCGACGUCUGGUGGAAGCACAACGGCCGCCUGCUCGACCGGAGCCGAGACGCCGGCCUCGACCUGGUGUUCGGCAACCAGUCGCUGCGGCUCCUGCGCAUCCGUCGAACCAAGGCUGGCAUCUACCAGUGCCUCGCCAGUAACACACAGGGCCACGGCGAAAGCAAUCAGCUACAGCUCCAGGUGAAGUUCGCUCCUGUGUGUCGCGAGGGACAGAAGCUGGUGUACGGCGUCGCCAAGGACGAGGCUGCUCAAGUGUCGUGCGAACUCGAAGCCGAUCCUCCGGACGUGUCAUUCCAGUGGCGCUUCAACAGCACCUUCGAGGGAGAGCGGCACCUGUCAGCUAUGCCGGUCGAUAAAGGCCUGCGCAGCGUCGCCACUCACGUUCCUCGCAGCCGCACCGACUACGGCAUGCUCUACUGCUGGGGAAAGAACAGUGUUGGGACGCAGGUCAAGCCAUGUGUGUUCACCAUCGUCGCCGCUGGACCUCCGGAACCACUGAGUAAUUGCAACGUGGUGAACGCCACUGCUGAUUCGCUCAAAAUAGAAUGCGACUCCGGAUACGACGGUGGGCUGGAGCAAACAUUUCAUCUAGAGGUUAUCGACUCAGUGCGCAGUGAGACACUCGCCACGCGGGAACAGAAGGAGCGACCGCUGUUCCUAGUGCAGCCGCUGCCACCGGGAACGGAGUUUAUAGUGCGCGCCUUCGCUCAGAACGCCAAGGGACGCAGCGACAGCGACAUCUUCACAGCGAGCACUGAGGAGGCACGCGAUGACGGAGAUGGUGACUCCCUACAGCUCGCCAUGAGUCCUCUUCUAGGCGUUUUGAUCGGCGCUGUGGCUGCGCUGAUUCUUGUAGCCAUCAUAAUCAUUAUCAUCAUGAGAAUGCGUGCUCACGACAAUGAUGCAGAUUCCAGGGAGCUGAACACUGCCGAAAAGUCUCAGACCCUUUUGCGAAAAGGCGUCGUUGUUGAGGACACAAGCGAAGGCGACAUCAAAGACCCGGAUAUCAUACCGCCAAAGACAGAUUUGGAAGAUCCAGAGUGGGUCUUCCGCCAAUUGAAUGGAUCCAAUGGUAGGAUACGACAGGAUGGGAGCAUUUCCAAGGGCGGCAUGAUGUACGGCACGUUGCCAAAUGUCAAGGUUCAGAUACCGCCUCAGCAAUUCCGUGACGACAUGAUGUACCGUGAACGGCACUAUCCGGGCAGCGGAGUUCGUGGCGACCUGGACAGCAGCCCCGGGGAGCGGCAGCGCAGCGGCGGUACGUUUCGGCCCCAAGGCAGCAUGCCAGAUCCUGAUGAGGUGGACCGUAUGAUCGCUUCCUCCAAGGCUCCCUUGCACACGGCCACAUUAAUGCGUCGAAGUCCACAGAGGCGGGACACCCCGGAGCGUGAGCGGCGCACCAUAUCGACUCCCGUCUGACAGGCGGAGACGACGUUCGGGCAGGUCCCUUACGAGGACGGGGAUCAGGUGGAGGAGCGACCCGGACCGCCCUUCUGUCCGAACGACGACGCUUCGACCGCCGAGUGCCCGGAGGAAGACGACGAGGAACCCUCUGUGAUCGCCGCUGCCGCCGCCUCGAGACGGCGUCACCACCUCCACGAGACCACCGCCAGUGCCUUCUCCAGCCAACAGAGACGCUACCCCGUUGCCAGCGACCGAGAGCUUCGAGCUCGGAACACGCCGACGCCGGGACAGUGCGUCUUCCACGGACUCUUACAUGUCCUGGAGUGCGGGUCAGCCCGCCGUCAGGUCACGUGGCUCCUCGCAAGAACAGGAAAUGCUACGUCACCACCGGCAGGCGUGGCUAGGAGCCACUCUGCCUCGCGGAGGAUUCUCGCAACAGCAGCAGCCACAGCAGCCGCUGGAGCAUGAGCGGCGCAACUCAUUCGGCGAUGAAGGACCGCGUUACGAGAACACUGCAUUCCUCAGACAGCUUCAGCUGCGAAAUAUGGCCGAUGAACCAUCAGCCGCUUCAGGGGCCACGUUGCGUGGCACAAGGCGUAGUUGCCGCGUGUGAGUGUCGUCGCAGUGCUCGUGAUGGCUGGCAGCUUACGCAGCGAAGAAUGGGAGUGGAGUUUGCAAAAAAAGGUUUGCUUGCAUCGAGAUUGAGGAUGGCCUACAUGAUUACGACAAAUUUUACUGAAUAUGACCGGCAGUAAGAUUUGUAUCCGCGGUUCUUCCACUACCUUGUUGUCAAAUUCUAAAAUUAGGGCAGCACUGUUCAAGUCCGGAAGGCCAUUAUAGCCAUCACAGAGGCACUACUAAAGAAAUUGCGGUUUGCUUCUGCACUUAAAGUUGGUUAAAGCAGUGCGCGUCUUGCGCCUCGUGUAACCUUCGUUAUUACGUUAAUCCUUUGGAAGAGCAAGUUAUUUUCACGCUGCGGGAGUCACCAGCUUGACCGAGUUCUCCAUUAUCACAUGUGAGGCGCUGCCGUGUUAUGGCGCACGAUGAACGCACUUUUGCAAGUACCUAACACACCGUUUAUAGCAAAGUGGCUUCGGCGAACAUCGCCGAGUUUCUUUAUGUUUUUUUUUUGAUAUUGUAUUGACAAUAAUGAGACUAGCAGGGGCGGCAAUGAUGGAACGCCAAUCACCAGCUGCAUACUUGGCUCUUCUGAGUGCUCGGAAUUUUUGUGCACAUGAUUGCGCACGAGUAAGAAUAUCAAGCGUGCUUUUGGUAUACCCAAAUUAAGAUAUAAAUGGCGAUUCGACUCGCCUUAAUAGAAAAUGUACAAUGGAAGCACCAAAAAACAUACCUUUCUAGCCUAAUCUUCUAGGUCUUCUAUCUCUCUGUGGUCGGUGUGACAUUCAGCACUGUUAGAACACCAAUCUAUCAAGGUGAUACCACAUGAUCUGAUCAGGUGAGCUUUUUUGUGAUGAUAAUUUCAGGUUUUGUUAAGAGAAGUGCAGUGUUGUGUAUCACGAUUUUUAUCACUUAGUUUAAUGAGUCAUCAGCUAGACCAAAUCUUUUUAUAGCCUCCACUUGCGUAGAUCGUUGGCUGCGCAUUCUUCUUUCACAAUUGCGCACUCCCCAUGCCGCAGAAAUUUUUUGUCCUACGCAGAUAAAGGUAAGUGUCGUUACAAGGCUUGCCAAGAAUGCAUCACGAAUGUGUGAAAAUUGGUGUAACUCGUUUUAAAAAAACACACGCAUACGCCGGGAACAGUAAGGCAGCUCCAAAUGGACUCUCGGGAGGUGGUGAAAACAUUGACGGCUGGACCGAUGUAUAUAGCUCGAACAAUGGAUGAAACAGACUGCGAAACUGCUGGUACUAAACGCCAAACUGAUAGGCUGACUCUAUUUCCUGCAAAACGGCGCCCUCGAGAACACAUUUUUUUUUUGUUGUUCAAAAGAGGCUAAAGCUAGUUCGAGAAAGUGGUGACUCUCACAUGUGUGUACCGUGUAGCUACACGUGUAUAGCGAGCAAGCUAAAAUGAUUGCUGCUUGGAUGAGUCAAAUGUACCAUGCCGAAUUUUUUUAGAUUUCGGGGAGGGUCGAUUUGAGAAAUUUCAACGUGCGAGUCCAUUUCUUAGUUGCAUAGAGUAUGAGUAAGUUGGUAUUAGUCACUCAACUUCGUAGCAAUACAUUUUUCUUUGGUCUGAGGUGCCCAUAUGUCGAAUACUAAUUUACUAAGCGUAAAGGAUGCCCGACAUAUUUCGUAUGCCUCUAUUAGUUCUAAUAUUGCUCCUUAUGUAAACGCAAGGGGCCUUUCUGUAAUAACACGCUCACGACGGUGAGAGAAUAAUAUAGACGGUGGUGGCUGAACAUGCUGUUGCGCCGUAGCACGGCCAUUAUUCUGCAGGCCACGUAGCUUAUGCGACGUACUUGCGCAGCCUGCUUCGGAGCUCGCGGUCUCGAACAGGCGGCACCUGGCAGACGUUCUGAACGCCGUUACAACUGCUGCGCCACACAACUAUAAACACAUGCUGUGGGCUGUAAGACAACGUCAGUCUGACCUAUUCUAGAAAGACUGUUGUGUAGUCGCGUGGCUGCUCUGCUUUUUGUUUUGUUUUGUUUUUUGUGUACGCUACUAAUGCAUAUACAUAUAAAAAGCUGGAUUUAAAGUAUGCUCUUAUACACGUCGGAUGGCAAUAUUUCAACGUUGCCACGACGACGCAUCACACCUGUUUAGGCUCAAAAUGAUUAUUGAAUAGAACACAAUUUCCGGGCAUUUGUAGCUUAUCUAGAAUAUUUGUGUGGAAAUGACGUUGCUAACAUCUCACCGCUUGCAGCGUUAUCGACAAUAACUGAAAGUGUAAUAAUUUUUUUAAAGAAUGUUGGCUCCUAAAGCAGCGCUCGGUGGUCCUAAGUGCCUUAGAAGCCCCCAAGAGAUGAUAAUUGUUACAUUUGUUGAAUUGUGUUUUUUCCACGAACUCACGACGCGUGACUGUGAAAAGUGAGGACAAAAAUAUGAUCUUUAGUGUGUUCUACUGCAUCACUGUAUUCGCAGGUCUGUUUACUUACUGCUAUUUAUCUUUCCUGAUUGAGUGCUUUCACUCUGACAUGUAUACUGUGUGCUUGUAAUCAUUGUAAGUAAUUUAGCUAAAGCUGUUGCACAGCGAUUAGAUUGUUUAUUUAUCAUUAAUGCAUGCUAGGCAUUGCUACUGCCACAUUGGCAGUUUCGAUGUGCGAGACCAAUCUGAAUUCCGGCUGAAUUCGAGCAUGAUAAAUUUUUAUGGGGUGAAUAUUACACAUCAGUAUCCGAAUCGAGUUGUCCAAAAGUAAAUCUGCACUGAAAAACGCGAUACUCUGCAGAAUAUACUGCUGUCCAAAUCAGAAAGCCAACGCCGUGUGAUUUUAGAAAUUUUGGAAUGCACAGACAAUAUCAACGGCACAGGGCCUCAAGCUGACUACAUAAAAAAACCUUUAAAGAUUUUUGCCGCUAACCUAAAUAUUGCUUACGUGAACGUUAGUGUUUACUGCGCCAAAUAUUCAUAACAAUAAAUCCUCUCUAGAAAUUAAUCGCAGGUAAUCAAUGCUUUAAGAAAAGCCUGAAUUUGUCACUUACAGCAAAAACGUACUUUCGGGGCAAUGUUUCAUUGACAACAUUAGAGGAACCUUGUGGGUGCUAUUAGAUGAAAAAAAAGGGAAAAAGGCAGUGUUGGUCAGCCAAUGAUUGCGACAGUCGGCGUGUACUGUGAGGAGCUGAUUUACGCAGAAAAGUGACAACUGGAGAGAUAAAUGCUAUAGUUCUCUAAAGAGCCGUGAGCUCAAUGUUUUCUAAUUGCACACAAAUAUUAACUAGGCAAGGCUCGGAAUGCACUGAAAGUUACUUUUGGCUUUCAAAUUGAUUUAUAGAUCUAUCGACCUGUCGUCAGGCGAUGAACUUGUAUUUUUUUUCUUUUUUUUCCAGGAUACGACUUUAAAACCUGCUACUUAUUACGAGGGUUCUUGUCCAUUAUACCUGAUUCACUGAUUAACAGUACUGUCUAUAUACGCACACAGAAAUACUGCAUGUGCUUUUAUGCUUUAACAUUCUGGUAGUCUUACUGUUUGUGUGUGAGAGGGGCUAACAUUUUCAGAUUGAGAAUACAUGCUUAUGUAAAACGGAGCUCUCAUAAAACAGAGUAGCCUAUCGCAGCGCACGUUCACUUCCUUUGGCUUUGUGACACUCCUUCCUUCUGAAGUAGCUUACUGCAUGUGUAGAACGACGGGAAUUGAAUGUAGCUCAAUUUUGAGACACGAAAAAAAAAAAGAAAGACGCGAGAGCUUCAGAACUCACUAUAUUUCCAAGUCAGGGUUCGUCACAUUCGAGGGCGAACUGGAGAAAACCGUAGAUACCCGUACUUCUCUUUCUCGUUUCACAGCAUGGCUAGAGAGUGUUCAUAGCGAAAUUUUAAAAAAGAAGCCGAUCUUAAAACAUGUUCUCUCUUGGCCUAGCUUGCAGCAGUACACAGCACGAGGGGUUCAAUACUAAUCUCAUCAUACUAAACUUCCUAACGCUAUAUCAUCUACCGUAUAAAAUUGAAACCUUCAUAUUUCAACUUUACGCGAAUUUAUGAUCGCAUGUAAAAAAAGAUUGCAGUCUGCGUCGCACUACAGUGUUCGGAGUAUUCAUAGGCACUGAUGCGAGAUAACUAGCUCCCCACGGAUGAGAAUGAUAAAGCGCUGCGAAUGCGUUUCCAUAGAAACGGCACCCUGGGCUGCACAUUUGUUAGAGAAAGACGCAUCUAUUCGUAGAGAAAGAGACUUUCUUUUAUCUUUUCGCUAUAGAAUCUCUUUCAAAUUAACGAGCACUGUAUCCGGUCGAGACGAGACACCGUAUUUUUGUAACGCGCACUUGAUCGCACUGACACGACGUCGGUGAUUAGCCGUAGCUUCUUUUAUUGGGCGAAUAAUAUUCGCCCCCCCCCCCCCCCUACACGAUGCUAGCGCUUAAUAAGCAGCUCCUUCUUUGACCUCGUGACACGCUUUUUAUUAUCAAGGCCGAACCGGCGUCGGCUUUUGCGGCGGUCGCGUCUUUUCGCGACAAAGGCGACGGCGAUGCAGAUGGGACUACGGACAGGCAGCCGUGCGUAACGCGCGCAGAAGAACGACCAUUAAUGCGUCGCGAUACGUGCACGGUCAUUGUGCCUUUUGUUGCGCGGUCGUCCUCGACAAGGCAGCGUUCUAUUUGGGAUGGCAUCGUUUAUGGCUGCAGGACAUUCACCAGCCGUCCUUGUGUUCGCCUCGCUCUCCUCCGGUCCUUGUAAUGCGCGAGCAUCCCUUCCUGCUUGGAAUCUUAUUGCGCCUGGCUUCGAGCGAAUAGUCGAUGCUUCGACCCGCCGUCGGGCGCUUUUACGGUACCCUCCGACGCGUGUCGCCUAUUUUGUCCCAAAUCGUAGUGGUCUUUCAUGCAGAAGGCGCCACCCCUCGCGCGAAGGCAAUCUUUUCUUGCACCGUCGCCUCGCUCUCACAUUGCUAUACACUAAUCAUAUUCCAGCGAUUUCUUAGGUUUUGCCGCUCGCUCUUCCCAACGAUUCUCUCGUAGGUUUCUAUGCGCUAAACGUUAUAGCGCCGUUAUUCCUGAGGUGUUCGCGCGCGCUUGUAUCGGCGGACAUUGGUAGCGCACUUGGCCGUCUAAAAUGUUUUACGCGGGCAGUAUUUACUAUCUGGUAUAUAUCCGCAAUUGAUGACACGCUUGCUUCUAUUUACGAUACGACAGUACUUGCUUUCUCUGGCUAUAUAGGAACGAUUUUUGGGCAGACUUUGUACUAACUUCAAGUAACGUAACCAAAUGGGUGGUCACCUACAGAUUCUUUAUGUUCUUGGCGCUUUCUAGCAUUAUUUUACAUUGAUAGUUUUUUGUGGCAUUGCGAUAAGAGAAUUCAAUAACAUGGAGUUGAAAACACGGUUUUUAUGAGCCUUUCAGUAUAUAGUAUCAAGUCCCUCAGUAGUAAUGUUCAGUGCCCGGCCUUGAUCUGGAAAACGCCCAAUAUAUUGUACCUAACAUCUUUUUCUUUUUUGGUAUGACGUCAAUUCAGUACAAGUACCAGGACGUCGUAAGAAAAAAUUAAACUUGUGGACCUAACAACAAUGCUGUGAACAUUAAAAGUAACUUGGAAUUAUGCAAGAAUGCGAAGGAUAAGUGGAGUGAGGUUACAGACUGCCGGCCUAUAUAGCAUAAGUGAAGAAUUUCUGCUUAAAAAUAUACAACAGCUUUUUUUUUUAAAUGAGGCAUUGCGAUAACAAGCAAAUCUCCCGGGCCAAAAUUUACAAGAACCUCACGCAAGGUAUGCGCAUGUUCCACGAUAUACCGCCAUUGAAGAUUGCGAAAAAUUUGCGAUUUAAAUGUACCUGAAUCAGGGCAGCGUUUUUCCUUUUUCUGUCCUCACUUUCCCUUACUUUAGCAUUGAGGAUAACUUCCUUAGCACGUCUCAUAUUUCUGUGAAUGUAUUCUAAGGGGAUCUUGCUUAACAACAAAAUAGACAAAAUUGACAGCGCGAAGUAAAAACGAACUUAAUACCAUCCCAUUCCAUGUAACGCUUCCCCCAUUUCCCUGUUAUCAGAGGGUCUUCUUUUUUUAAACUUUUUUUAGCGGUGGGGAUGCAACCGGGGGUAUAAAAUAGAUCUCGAUCUAACAGCAUGCUAUCUGUCCGAAACACACGUAGAAAUGUGUGCUUUUUAAUGACCUUACUGCAUCUACUGGAGCAUCUUUGUUAUGAACAAGCCCUGAAUAUACCCGGCAUUCUUCAUAACCUCUGACUCGUCGGGUGUGUUCGCUAAUUUUUUUAUUACCGCUGUAAGUAAAAAAAAAGAAGAGUUGUAUGUGCUGACGGAGAGGGGGAGAGAGAGAGAAGCGAUAAAAUGGGGCAAGGUUAAGCAGGAUACUUUUGUAUAACGCCAAACACAAAGUCACGUGGCACGUCACGUGACCAUCGGAAGAAAGGUUGCGUCUAUGUAGGCCAUUCUUCACAGCGUGUCUGCUAUGCUAAAUAUGCUCGAGAAAAUGUGUACUCACACAUCUGAACUAUGAAAGCAUGUCUAGAGCCGGAUGCCGGCAAACACGUGUUCCCGCAUUAAUUCUCCGUGCGCCACUUCUUGUUUGCUUGUUUGUUUGUCUGUCACUGAGACUAAGGACCGACCAAGCGUACCACUGCAUGUGGUAUAACGUGGGCACAUCCGUACAUAGACAUUAAUACGCAUCCCCGUUUUACCUGAUUGUAAAAAAAAAUAAUUUCAUGAACUUGAGAGCGAUGCCGCUAACAAGAAGGAACUUAGAGAGAAAUAAAAAAAAAUGGUGUGUUCACAGCCCUGGUCUAUUUCCACAGGCCUACAGCAUUCAUUAUUCGCUAAGCACUCACCUGUAAAUACGCGUGCGACGUCAGAGAGAGAGAAAGUAACCGCCGUUGUGUCCGGCAGUGAAGUGUUGUUUUCGCGUUUCUGUGUUUACGCUUCGACCAUGACGUCAUUUGAACUCGCUGAUUGUGCUGGCAUUCUGUGGCGAAUUGUUACAUUGGAGGUUUGUAGUGACUGAAUCUCCAACAACGGCUUGUACAUAAUGUUUCACUGGUAGAACCGCAUCGGGCUGUAUAUAAGUACAUACAGUAUACGGUCGACUAAUAAAUAGGGAAUUGAAGUGUACAUAGUACUUCGCAUGUCGAUUCCUUACUAUAUAGGUUGACUUUUCUUGUAAUAAAUAAAGUUUGGCUUUGUACUA